AGAGAGAGGCAAUGGUGGAUUGGAGUGGCGCAGAUUGAGGAAGAGACAGUUUAUAUGGGUGGUGGAGGAACACUCGCGGAUGGCAUUCGUCGCCUCUUCCAUCGUCGAACUUCUAUUAACUCUAACGUUGUUAAUGACAACAACAUUAAUACUGGUGUUGGAAGCAAUGCCAACAACGUUAACGAUACCAACGUUAAAGAAGAAGAAAACAAUAACAACAACAACGACGUCCUCGUGACAGAUUCACGCGCCCAUUUGGACACAGUUCCCACACACGAAACCGAUCAACGCUUUCUUGAUAACUCUUCAUUGAAGCUUCUCAAAGUGCCUUCACGCUUCCACUUCAAUACUUCUUCCAUGGAUCGUAACAAAAAGGGCGCCUCAGAGACAGAGUUUUUUACUGAGUAUGGAGAGGCAAAUCGGUACGAGAUCCAAGAAGUGGUUGGCAAAGGAAGUUAUGGUGUUGUAGGUUCUGCCAUAGACACUCAUACUGGGGAAAAGGUUGCAAUUAAGAAAAUCAAUGAUGUUUUUGAGCAUGUAUCUGAUGCCACGCGAAUCCUAAGAGAAAUUAAACUCCUUCGUUUGAUCCGACAUCCCGAUAUAGUAGAAAUUAAGCAUAUAAUGCUUCCUCCCUCACGGAGAGAGUUCAGGGAUGUCUAUGUUGUGUUUGAGUUGAUGGAGUCUGACCUUCAUCAAGUUAUUAAGGCAAAUGAUGAUCUUACACCUGAGCAUUACCAAUUUUUUUUGUACCAACUUCUUCGGGGCCUGAAAUAUAUACAUUCAGCAAAUGUGUUUCAUCGUGACUUGAAGCCAAAAAAUAUUCUAGCUAAUGCUGAUUGCAAACUAAAAAUAUGUGAUUUUGGGCUUGCUCGGGUUUCCUUUAAUGAGGCUCCAUCAGCUAUAUUCUGGACUGACUAUGUUGCAACUCGGUGGUAUCGUGCACCGGAACUAUGUGGUUCUUUUUUCUCAAAGUAUACCCCCGCAAUUGAUGUUUGGAGCAUUGGAUGCAUAUUUGCAGAAAUGCUCAGCGGGAAGCCAGUGUUUCCUGGGAAAAAUGUGGUACACCAAUUGGAUCUCAUGACUGAUUUGCUUGGUACUCCUCCUGCUGAAUCCAUUUCGAAGAUUCGAAAUGAGAAGGCUAGACGUUACCUUAGUAGCAUGCGGAAAAAGCAACCAGUUCCAUUCUCUAAAAAAUUUCCAAAUGUAGAUCCGUUGGCUCUUCAUUUACUGGAAAGAUUACUUGCAUUUGAUCCUAAAGAUCGUCCAACAGCUGAAGAGGCAUUAUCUGAUCCUUACUUCCAUGGUUUGUCCAAUGUGGACCGUGAACCAACCACUCAACCCAUUUCAAAACUUGAGUUUGAGUUUGAGAGAAGAAAAUUGACCAAAGAUGAUGUUAGAGAGUUGAUUUAUCGAGAGAUUUUAGAGUAUCAUCCCCAGAUGCUCGAAGAAUAUCUUCGUGGUGGAGACCAAACCAGCUUCAUGUAUCCAAGUGGGGUUGAUCGUUUCAAGCGACAGUUUGCACAUCUUGAGGAGCAUUAUGGCAAAGGUGAACGAAGCACUCCACUGCUGAGACAGCAUGCCUCCUUACCUAGAGAGCGAGUUUCUACUCCCAAGGAUGAAAAUGAUCAAAACAAUGAUGAAAAGCCUACUGGAUCAAAUCUUCAGAGUCCUCCAGGGUCUAAUGUGAUGGAUUCUGGAAACUCGGAUGCACAAAAUGGAAUCUCCAAGCCGAACUACAGCUCGCGUAGCCUGUUGAAGAGUGCCAGCAUUAGUGGUUCCAAAUGUAUAGAUGUGAAACAAAGUAAAAAUCCAGAGGAGGAGCCAAUUACCGAAGUUAAUGAUGAGAUAUUGGACGAGUUGACAGAGAAGAUUUCUACCCUCCAUGCAUAA